CUGGUUCGAGCUACCCUGGUUCUUUAACGAUUCGUGGCAGCUCUGAUGAUGAUGUCCGAUGUGUUGCCCGUACUGGCGAACCUGUCCCUUGCGCUGCAGACGAAGGACGCUGUCUACAGCACGGUCGGAACUCUUGUGAUGGGUGCCAUCACUACGGUCCGGUCUAUGAAGGAGCACCCAGAACUUAACUUCAGAGAGCUUCCCGUUACAAUAGGACAACUGUCAGACCAGCCGUUUCGCUUCAAGAAACCUAGCGCGAACGACGUUUCCGAAUUUAAGAGUAACGUCUUUGACAAGUUCAUCGACGCCGUUGUCAACAAUCUGGAGAGCAGAUUUCCCCACAUCCCCGUGCUGGAGGCAUUCUCUAUGUUUAACCCCACUACAGUACCGGAAGACCAGGCGGAGCGGAACGACCACUGCAAGGACGAACUACAGACGAAGGACGCUGUCUACAGCACGGUCGGAACUCUUGUGAUGGGUGCCAUCACUACGGUCCGGUCUAUGAAGGAGCACCAAGAACUUAACUUCAGAGAGCUUCCCGUUACAAUAGGACAACUGUCAGACCAGCCGUUUCGCUUCAAGAAACCUAGCGCGAACGACGUUUCCGAAUUUAAGAGUAACGUCUUUGACAAGUUCAUCGACGCCGUUGUCAACAAUCUGGAGAGCAGAUUUCCCCACAUCCCCGUGCUGGAGGCAUUCUCUAUGUUUAACCCCACUACAGUACCGGAAGACCAGGCGGAGCGGAACGACUACUGCAAGGACGAACUACAGAUGCUGGUUGAGCGGUUUACCGCAGUUCUCCCAGAUGCCACCGAGGCCGCCUCCGAGUACAGCGUCCUCAAGAACACCAUUCAUCAAGACCUCGGGCUCCAGAAAACGUCGACAACCGUGCUAAUGGAGAAGGUCGCCGGCCCGCUGAAGGAGGCGAUGCCCAACCUUCGUCUGUUGGCAGCAGUGGGUCUACUGCUCCCAACAUCGACCGCAGAUUGCGAGCGCGGUUUCUCCACACUGAAACGGGUAAAGACGGCACAGCGAAACCGGCUGCAAAAUGAAGCGCUAAACGCAGUGUUACGCGUUUCUAUGGAAGGCCCUAGUGUAGCGGACUUCUCGAAGAUGGAGGCAGAGAAGAUGGUGUCCGAGUGGGCGAGAGAGAAACGCCGCCUCCUAGCCACGCGGACACCCGGGCAACCACGAGGAGUUAUCGACUCUCUGUUAGAUGACCAGGAAUUGGAGCAGGAGGGUGGUGGAGAGGUCCUGCUCACAGAUAAACGCAUAAUUUCCCUCAUUAUCAUAUGA